AAUACGGUGUCCAUUUUACCUGAUUUUCGUCGAUUCUGUAUCAUUACCAUCUAAUGGAUUGAUAAAAUACUGUGUCCUGAAGUAUUGUUGAUUCUGUUCCACUUCACAAAUGGAUUGAUAACUGAGUGUCCAUAUAACCUAAUGUGUUGUUAGGUGUGUUUGUAUUACCUAAUAAGUUGUUAGAUUUGUACCUAUGUGUUGUUAGUGAUGUGUUUUAUAUCACGUACUGUGCUGCUAGUAGUAUGCCUAUAUCACCUAAUGUGCUGUUAGCUUUGUGAGAUGCUAGUAGUAUGCCUAUAUCACCUAAUGAGCUGUUAGCUCUGUGAGAUGCUAGUAGUAUGCCUAUAUCACCUAGGGUGAAUGUAACAGUCACACCUUACACCGUGUGUUGUAAUUGAAUGUUAACAAAUCGAUAACUCUGUUGCAUUCUUUUUUUUUUACCUUCCAUAUUGACCGUCCAGAGAGCUGAUAAGCUGACCAGGCUUGCGCUGGUCUAUAUUUGUACGGCCGUCUGUGUGCUGACACAUUGGAAUCAAGCCAUGUGUCAGACACACAUCUGACACAAAUCACCGCGGCCUAGACACGCCUGGACAGUGGACAAAAUCGAAGCCGCCAUUCUUGUGUCCAGAGCGUCAUUCCGUGUGCAGCAACAAUUAAGAUUCCUAAUUGGGAGAAUCGGCUUGAAAGGGUUGGAAUACUGAAGACUAGUCUUUCGAUUAGUUGGAUUCAGUGCUGUGCAAAGCCAUGGUUGAAAUGUCUCUAGAUCUUCUCCAGAGAAACCACAAAGCUGUUGGAACUAUCCCUUAAGACAGAUUACUCUCUGACGGUCCUGUCUUCGAAGUCUUUAAAAAAGAUGAGACUUGGAUCUAUUAAGUUGGCUAUAGUGAGAUUUCUUGGACAAGACUGGACACAAAGAUAAUUCUCAUCACACAGCAGGCUUCACAAAACUACUUUGAAUCAUGAGCGAAACCCAUGCCACGUCCCCGGUCGUUCCUAGCAUGGGAGACAGCACCACGCUCAACCCACUCAGCGCCACCUCACAGCCCCAGGUGGUGACCACGCCAUGGGUCAUGAGCCUGUUCAUCUUCUGCUACUCCUUGAUUUUCCUGCUCGGGCUGACCGGAAACUGUCUGGUAGCCUUCGUCGUCAUGCGUAACAAGGCCAUGCAGACCAUCACCAAUAUAUUCAUCACCAACCUGGCCAUCUCGGACAUUCUGAUGUGCCUGCUGGCCGUCCCUUUCACCCCCAUCGCCUUCUUCCUCAACUCGUGGAUAUUUGGGAAGGCGCUGUGUCACAUCGUGCCCAUGAUCCUCUGCAUCUCUGUCUACGUCUCGACCUUGACCUCCACCGCCAUCGCCGUGGACAGGUAUUUCGUGAUCGUCUACCCGUUCAAGCCCCGGAUGAAGGUGUACAUGUGCGUCCUGAUGAUAUUCGCCAUCUGGAUCAUCUCUAUCUCCAUCUCCCUUCCCCUGGGCAUCUACCACGAGGUGGAGAAGACCAACGGCUCCUACUCCUGCUCGGAGCAGUGGCCCAAGCCCCAGGCCCGGCAGUUCUUCACGGUGACCAGUCUGGUGCUGCAGUACAUCGUCCCCUGCAGCAUCAUCUCUUUCUGCUAUACCAUGGUGUCCAGGGCGCUUAAGAAAAGGUCAAAGGUUAAGAUCGGUAGCGGGGCACGCACAAGAGAGAGGGAGGAGAUGGAGAUAAAAAGAAAGAAGAGAACAAACAAAAUGCUUAUAGCCAUGGUGGUGAUAUUUGUGUUGUGUUGGAUGCCCCUAAACAUGGUGCACAUCUCCAGAGACGCCGAGCCCUCCUUCUACGACUGGAACUACUUCACCCUCAUCUUCUUCAUCGCCCACGUCAUCGCCAUGAGCUCCACCAUCUACAACCCUUUUCUCUACGCCUGGAUGAACGACAAUUUCAAGAAGGAGUUCCGGCAGGUGCUUCCCUGCCUGUUCUUCGGACGCGGCGGUGGCAACGGCUCCAGCACGUACACCCAGUACACCAACGUGGAGACCCAGCAGCCGUCCGUCAUCAUGAACCGCUCCCCCAUCAAGAACGGCACCGCCGACAGCGCCGUGCUGAUGAAAGACGUGAAGGCCUAUUACGACACGGACUCGGAGAAGGUCAGGCUGAACGUGCUGCCCAACAACCUCGCCACCGGAAAUCACCUGACGUCGAGUAACAACAGCCUGGCUAGUAACCAUGGCGACGGCAAACUUCCGACGGGAGACGAUCGCAAGGCGAAGGCGUCGGCGCGAGAGACGGAGGAAGAUGAGACCGCAACGUGACGUCACUUGCCGGCACAACACCACGUGAUGGUUUGUUGACCUUCUAUUAAACAGAGAUAUACGUACAUAUAACAAUAAAGAGUUGGCCUUAAAAUGUAAAACAAACAUUUCAUAGCUUGGCUUUAAUUAGGAAAAGCCGACGAUUUAAGUAAGUUGGCCUUAAGAAGAGCUCAACGCAUCGCUUUGGUCGUUAAAGACCAACUGUGUGCUCCUUUAAAAUUUAAUAGAAAGACAUGGAACUAUUGACUUAAAGAUGAUUGCACAAUGAAUCAACGUACUCGACUUGGAGUAAUGGCCUAUGGUACAUCUCAAAAACCGAUUCAUUUAGUUCAAGGAAUUCAUCGUGUUAUUCGCUUGACGCAAUUCAAAGAAAACAAAAUUGGCUCUAAAUAAUUACUUGUGACAUUAAUGAAGUCACGUACUAGGUCUACAAGUCGAUCGUGAUUAGCCAAAGGGCAAAGUCACAAAUGACCUUAUGGGCAUGACUCUAUCCGAUACUCUUUAAUCGUAGACUUAAAAGUCAUUUUUUUUGUCUAAAUAUACAAAUGAGAGAAGUAAUUAAGCAUAAACCAAUGUUUCGCAUUAAUAUACUUAAAAUGAUUCUAUUAAGUGACCUAAAAAUGAUAAAAAUAGCAGGGGAGGGGGAGAAGAAAUUCAUUGAAAAACAAAUUGAAUGGUAAUAUUAAAACUAGGACUACGUGUCCCCAGCACAGAUACAUCUUCGCUUGAAUAACUCAAUUAUUUCCAAUUUACUGUAUCUGACAGUUAGUUAUCCUACCCCCCCCCCCUUUUUUACUCAAUUUGUAUUGUUGUCUAUGUAAUAUGAACUAAAUCAAUCUGUGGUAGAUAUUCGCAUAUUUAUUUGUCUGAACGAUCGUAUAGGUUAUUGUGUCUAUACAUCUCAAAUGAAAUGUAAACAUAGAUCCUUAUAGUCAGUACGUCACAUCCACUUGAGGGAUACAACUACAGAUAUAAUCAUCACAUACAGUGUGUUCUGAAGGCUUGCAACUUUCUAGUGGAUAUUUAGACAAGGGAAACUGAUUCUAGAGAAUUCACGUCUAUCAACUUGAUGCUGUUCACGUACCUCCAAUGUGCCCAUCUCGUACCAGCACUAAACCAAGCGUGAAACAGUUCACAAAGAUGCACUCUUUUCUUCUCGGCUUCUCCAGCUGGGUAUUCACCUACCAGGUUCUGUUUUGUCGGCUUCUCCAGCUGGGUAUUCACCUACCAGGUUCUGUUUUGUCGGCUUCUCCAGCUAGGUAUUCACCUACCAAGUUCUGUUUUGUCGGCUUCUCCAGCUGGGUAUUCACCUACCAAGUUCUGUUUUGUCGGCUUCUCCAGCUGGGUAUUCACCUACCAAGUUCUGUUUUGUCGGCUUCUCCAGCUGGGUAUUCACCUACCAAGUUCUGUUUUGUCGGCUUCUCCAGCUGAGUAUUCACCUACCAGGUUCUGUUUUGUCGGCUUCUCCAGCUGGGUAUUCACCUACCAAGUUCUGUUUUGUCGGCUUCUCCAGCUGGGUAUUCACCUACCAAGUUCUGUUUUGUCGGCUUCUCCAGCUGGGUAUUCACCUACCAAGUUCUGUUUUGUCGGCUUCUCCAGCUGGGUAUUCACCUACCAAGUUCUGUUUUGUCGGCUUCUCCAGCUGGGUAUUCACCUACCAAGUUCUGUUUUGUCGCCGAUAACACAUAAAGAGAAGGCAGGACUUUGUUUUCUGCUGAAUACAAAGCGAUCAAUAUACUUUAGAAAAAAACAAAUCUCCUGUAGUGGAAAGUUCUCGACUCACGAAUUCGCAGCAAAGCGUAAAAUUAUCUGAGGGUCAAGAGUCUUCUUAUUGGUGUCUGCACUUUGUUGAGAGCCGUUGUUAGAGAUGCACAUGUUUCAUAGUUUUAUCCACGCGUCGAUAACAAAAUGAGAGACCAUAACACACAGAAUCUAACAGAGUAAAGGAAUAUGAAAGGAUUUCUUUGCUGCUAAUACAGGCCUGGCUAAGAAAAUAUAAUCAUAACCAACAAAUAUCGCUGUACCAUAAAGCCCAAAAUUGUUUUGGCAAAUUUUCUCACGUUUAACUAGAUGAGAUCAUCUAGAAUAGGCCUACUUUUUUUUACAUAGCUUUUUGUUUCCUUUCUAGAACGAAAAAUAAAUCUGGCCAAUUAAAAAAAGAGCUGAACUUUGAACCUGCUCAGAGCCUUGCUUUAGCUUUAAAAAAAUGGAACUGAACUCUGACCUAAAGAUACGUCAGCAGUUGAAACAGGCGGUGCCUCUUUGUUACAAAAAAAAAUAAAUAUACCUUUGUGCAUAAUAUUUUUUUUUCAAUGCUAAAUUGUUAUUUGUUGAAUUGUUUUUAUUCUUUUUAUUUUUCUUGGUGUAAAUCUGGCGUGCCACUUCUGGUGUUGCUUGUGCCAGGAUUCAAUUCCUCUCAAGUCCAAUGAAAUAGUUCCUAUUCUCUGACUGGGAAAAGCGUUUGGUUUUCUUUCUAGACUGUUCUAGAGUUACCCGUCAGGAAAGAAGUACACUGACAUAACCCUACAUCAACUGAUGGCUUAAAUAAACAUACAUUUAAUUUGCGCAAACAGUCCCCCCCCCCCUUUUUUUUUUUAAAUUGAUAAAAUUAUCAGUGAAGUAUAACAUGAAAUAUUUUUCUUUUAGCAUUUUACAUUUUUUUUUGUUGCCCGAAAAAAAGGUAAUCCAUUGUUACUGUGAACAUACUGAUUCGCUUAAUCAUUAGCUUUUUAAAAGGGGGGGGGGGGCAGGGGGCAAUAGAAUAUAACAGAUAAUGAUCACUAAAAAAAUUUUUGUAGUUGAUUAUAUAAUUAGAUCUAAAAAUGCAAAUAAUCGAAAGCCGUUCGGACAUAUCGACCCAUCACACACACAGUUGCGAUUAAUGCAAUGGUGAGUAAGAUGGCACAUCCAUAACAUAAAUAUAAUAUCAGAUUUUUUUUUUCUUCCACUUUAAAAAAAACAAACUUAAUUAAAUGUAAAUUGAUCACAAAAAGAAACAAAUCCAGAAGGUCAGGAGAGAACUAAUCUACAAGGAAGGCAUCCAUCAAACAAAGAGUGAGUUAAGAUGUGUACUGUCUACACGAAAUGAAACUAAGUCUAAUAAAUGUGUAUUCAGAACGAAGAAUCAAUUGCUAACUCUGUAGGUCAAUAUUGGUCGAAAAUUAUUUUCUGAAGGUUUCGGCUCAUAAUUGGAACAUUUACUUUAAAGUGACGUUCUGCUAGCUCAGUAUAACUUACUUGUUUUUAGAGUAACUGGACAGGGCCAGUCUUAGAUAAUUGGAGGCCCUAGGCGAAGUGAAUAUUGUGGCCCCAAAUGAAAAGAAAAUUAAAAGAAAAACAGAGAAAAUAAUGAAAUUACGCAAUUUAUUUGAAACCUGUUGUACUCUAGCAAUAGCAUUGGGCGCAAGUUUCGCUAUUUCUUCUCUUAAAAAAUGUUUUUGAGACCUGUGCUAGGCCCUUACCAAUCGUAGGCCUAGACGGUUGCCUAGUUUGCCUGUGCCUAAAGCCGGCCCUGAACUGGAGGUCUAUAUGCAAAGUUGAAAGAGCAGUUUGUCGUUCAUUUUAUAAGCAGUGCUAGAAAGAACAAGGUCGUGGCUAGAUGGGAUACGUAUACACAGGGGGGAACACAAAAUGAAGGUUUGGGCUAAAUAGACAAACUUCAGAAAACAUGGCUGUCAAUGUCUGCUUUGGCUUUUCAAAGAAGACAAGUGUUUGUUCUUUACGGUAAACAUUGCUAAGUAACUAUUGUCUUGAGGUUGUUGAUAUAUGUCUGACACUCUGUGAAUGUAAAACAUACAUAAGUAUACUAUACAUACUAUUGUUGUA